AUUAUUAUGAAACAAAACUUAACAUCUGAUAAAGAUCUUGAUAUAAAAAACGAAUUUAUGAUCGCUGAUGAAAUUAUUAAUUCAAUGAUGAAUAUCUCUUCAAUAAAUCAUGAUUCCAUGUAUACUAGCAAGUUGAUUGAUAGUCGAAAGAUAAAAAGUACCUACAGCUUGGACACACAUGAUUUACAUUAA